AUGUCGGCCAAGGAGUAUGUGGUCACAGUCACCAAGGAAGCAAGUAGCAUUGUCUCUGAGCAUCUUCCAAAGAAGCAUGAUGUGAGUAAUUUAGCUGUGAUUAUGGAUAAAAGAAGACAAAAUAAGACCAUCACAGAAACGGAAGAUCCAUGCGAAGAAGAGACGUCAACAGAAGAUGAAAGGAAGUAUGAUAGUCAUGAAAGCGUUCAGUCAUUGCAGACCAUCUCUGAGCCUACUGCACAGGAGGAUGAUGUACACUUACCUAAGCCUGCGGCUCAGAGAAGAGAAAACGGGUCAAAUGGACUAAUGAAAGUGUUUGGAUUUUUAGCAGAACCAAACUUCUAUGUGCCAUCCAGGGAAGAACAGAACAAGGAUGAUGGCAGUGACACCAGUCCGCCGCUGUUGCUUUCUGCAGAAAUUUUGCAGCAGCAAUGGCUGAAUAAGAAAACAUCUGAUGAAAAAAAUAAGGCUGUAGAACACAUAGACGCUGUGAAUGAUCACCAGUUAUCUGAAUCGCUCUCUGAGGAUUAUGAUUUGCCUGAUUAUGACAAUAUAUUGAUGAUUGUUGACCAACUUCAAAUGAACUACAAAGAUUCUGGAAAACUUUUGGGAAUCCAGGAUGCAGUUCAUUCAUACAAGAUGAUAAUAGAACGUAACCGACGCCACUCAGAAUUGCUUAUAGAAAAAAGGAAGAACCUGAAAAACCAAGCUAGUAAAGUGGCGAAGAAGCCGCGAGAAAGAAGAAAAGCGAAAUUGCAGCUCAGAUAUGAAAAUGAAGAGCAGCAAGUAGAUCUCGUUGGUGUGGGUUUGGCUGGAAAACAAGAAGCACAACAAAGAAAUGCUCAUUAUUUCUAUGAAAAAAUUAAGAAGCAGUUAACUGAAAAAGAAGAGAAACAUAAAAGAGAAAAACAAAAACUCAAAAUGUGCCUUAUAGCACAAGAUUUGGAAUUGAGGCAUCUCAGAAAUGAUAUGAAUAAGUUGCAAGAAGCAUGGCAUCGAGAGACAGAGGCUGAAGACAGCGGCAACAUGACGAAGGAACACCUGCGAAAGGUUGAAGAGGAAGUUUCCAAGUUAAUAGAAACCAUCAGAAAGCAAUCAGAGACAAUAGAACAGCUCGAGAUAAAACUACCAAGUGAAGAAAAAAAUUUGGCAAGAACUGGCCAUCUGACACAAGCAGGUCAGGAACUUUUAAACAGUUUCAGAGAAAAUUAUAUUACUUCAGUAAUGAGCCAGCUGGAACUCAGAAUUCAACAUCUGGAAAGAGAAAUCUCUGAAAUGAAGAUUCAAACACGUAAUGAUGGAAUGAUGCUGGAAAACUUUAUCAAACUCCAUCAAUCACAUAGACUGAGGGAGACUGAAGCUAAGCUGAAGGAGGUCACGGCCCAGUUUGUCAUGCUGAUUCAGCACAACUCAUCAUUACUGAACAUACUGAGCUCCCAACUUGCCUCUCAGAGUUCCUGCUUCGCAAAUUUUCACACGAGUUCGGGAAACCUCUUUACCCAAGAGAACAUGGUGGCUCCUGCUCCAGGGCCACAAUCCUCAAAUCACUGCAUAGCAACCGGCCUGGGUGUGCCUGCAGAUGACGGUGAAGAUUUCAAUAAAGCCCUCGCCAAGUUAGUUCUGUCUGCGCAGUCCCAGCUGGAUCAAACCAAGAAGAAACAUGUGGAAUUAGCUAAAGAGAAAGCUCCAAGUAACAAAUGUUUUAAACCGACAAAACCAUCACCUGUGCAUGACAACGACAAUGGAGAACAUAGUUUCUCUGAAGUUCUGAACACCAAACAAUUUGAAAUGGAUACUCCCUUUGAUAUACCACAACAUGAGUUAAGAGCAGAAAAUGGAGAGACUUUUGAUAACACACUAGGAGGGCAAAAUGCCUCAUUCAUAAAUCCAUGGGAAUUCUCAUUCAGAAAUCUGCAACCCGAACAGCCAGAAGAACAAGCCUAUCAAGCCUCCUGUAAAGCUGAACCCAAACCAUACAAGGAGCCCUGUCUAGAAAGGGUAGAAAAGACAAAUUCCUCAUCUCAUAAACAGCUAAAGUCCAAGGAGGGACAAGACGAGUCCCCGAGGAGGCCUUUUGAAGAGAUGGAAGCGAGCAGAUCUGCACCUGACACGCACACUUUGAGCCCUGUUGCAGGCCUUACUGCUUCGGGGAGCCGCUAUGACAGUUGGGAACACAACAGAAGGAUCAUGCAAAGAGAACCCUUGAUCCCAAGCUCCAGGCCCCAGCCCCUAGCUGAGAGUGUGGCCAGCUUCCUCAACAGGGUCAGAGGAGAACAUCAGCGAACUGUUGAUGACAUAAUAGGAAACCGUAAUGCCUCAUGCAUAAGGCCACAGGAAUUUGCACCAACAAACCUGCAUUGCAAACACAGACAAGAAUUAACACAUCAAGCAUCAAAUGAAGCUGAACCGAAACAAUACGAGGACCCCUAUCUGGAAAGGGUAGAAGCGACAAAGUUAGCAUAUCAACAAUUAAUGUCUAAGGACAGGCAAGAUGAAGCCAUGAGGAAGAACUUUGAGAAAAUGGAGCCUUAUGAUUCUGUCCCAAAUGCAGGGGCGGCAAGCCCUGCCCCGAGGUUUGCUGCAGAACGCCUCUGCGACGGUGUGGGACACAGCGGAGGCAUCGCCCAAAGAGAACCCACCGUGAUGCCAAGCUCGAGGCCGUGGCACUUCGUGGAGAGCCUGGAUAACUACCUCUGCAGGGUCAGCGGCACUCUGCUCCUUGAUUGUGGCUUCAGAUGUCUGUCAGAAUUCUUCUCUUUUAAUUUGGUGACAGAGUUUACUCAAAUUAAUCUCACAAUUGUCUGUUAA